AUUAAUAUGCAUUUGACAUAUAUGGUGAUCAAUACUCUCAUAUCUCUAACCAGUUCUUACAAAUAUCUAGUCUACAGUCCAUUUCUGGGACAUAGCCAUGUGAACUUUCUUGGUAGCUUGGCAGAUGUGCUAACAGAAGGAGGCCAUGACGUGACAGUGCUAAUGCCUGAAACGGACAUAGAUGAGGUAAAUCGAACAGGCGUUGAAAUAACUAAGCGAAUAAUACGCAGUCCUGGCGAUCCUCGGGCUACAAAGGUAACCAACUAUUGCUUUACAUUGGUCUCCGCUCAUUACUAG